AUGUUGAGCGUGGUUGCGGGUCUUUUGGGAGCGCCCGAAGAAGCUCUUCGAAUGAUUCUCUCCGUGUGGGCCGUCAUACCAAUCUCUCAUUUUCACCAUUUAUUCAUCGCGAAGCGCCCUAUUAGAGACCAACAAAUCUUCAUUCUUCUAGCCGGACUCGUGCUUUGUUUUGUCAAUUUUGGUUGGAGCACGACGCAUUUGAUCUUUUCGUCGCUUGCUUGCUGGGUCCUGUUGCUGUCGCUUGGAGGCUCGGCUGAUUCGGUUCCUAUUGCCCAUCUCAUCUUCAUGGGUCAUCUGCUAUGGGGAUAUUACAAAACAGCCACUGAAAAUUACGACAUUUCGUGGACGACUGCCUACUGUGUGAUGUGUCUUCGCUACAUUGGGUUGGUGGUCGAUGUGUAUGAUGGAAGAAAAAUGAAUCAACUUCGACCCGAAUUGAAACGAGAUGCCGUUGCCAAGUCACCCGAUUUGCUUGAGAUUCUUGCAUUUGGCUUCAACUACACGACCAUUCUUGUAGGACCUCAAGUGCCAUUGAAUCGCUUCCGCGCCUGGCUCAAUGGGGAUCAUCUCGGCGAGAAGAAAGAGAUCCGAAAAUCAAGUAUUCCUGAGGCGAUGAAUCGUUUCAUCGUCGGCUUCAUCUACAUUGUGAUUCAUCAAGUCGGUUGCUCGAUAAUUUCCGACCAAUAUCUCAACAGUUCGGAAUUCUAUGAGCGCUCUUUCUUCAUGAGAUGGACGGUUUGUGCAAUCUGGGCGAGGAUCAUGCUCAGUAAAUAUGUUUCGAUCUUCUUAUUCUCGGAAGCUGGAUGUAUCUACAGUGGUCUUGCCUACAAUGGAUUGGAGAAGAGAAAAAAACGAGAACGUUGGGAUGGUUGCCGAAAUGUGGAUGUGUGGCUGUGGGAGACAGGCACCGAUUUCAAUUCGCUCAUUCUCGCGUUCAAUUGUCUCACCAAUCACUGGAUGAAGAAUUACGUGUUUCGUCGUCUUCGUUGGAUGGGUGAUAAGCGCUUCUCUCACCUGCUCACCCUCUUCUAUUUGGCGAUCUGGCAUGGUUUCCACCUCGGCUACUUCCUCUUCUUUGGCUUUGAGUUUGCAUGCAUGCAUGCGCAAAAUGAGUUCUACGCACUCAUUGAAAGAACGCCAAGCAUUCGAGGAAUUUAUUAUGAGACUUGGAUGUAUCCAAUUAGGAAAGUGUUAGGACGUUUGAUCAUCUCAUACACGAUGGGCUUCGGAAUUCUCUCAUUCAGCCUCGUCUCGUACAAAUAUUGGAUCGGGCCAGCUUCUUCACUCUACUUUUUGCCCUACAUCUUCUACAUCUUUGUGGCUCCAUUUUUGUUCAACUACAUAAAGAUAAUGCAGUCAACGCACAAUCGCCCCGAAAUUCAUGAGAAUGGAAACCUUGUGAAGACGGAUAGCCUUAUGAAUACAAGUGAUUUUAGCUCAAGUUCGACGGUGGUUCUCUUGGACGGCAGAAGCAAAGGUGAGAACACAAAGGAUAAA